CUUUCGUCAUGUCUAUGGAGAUAAGCAGUAUCGUUCACAGUGCUGAGCAAAAGUUUCGUCUUGUAAAACGGUGCCCAAAACAGGCAGUUCGAAAAAUCUGAAAGAAAUGUAGAUUGAACAGUAAACCCAAGAGUGCUCGUUUAAAGAAGAAAGAAAGAAAGUUUAAAUCAGUGCGGUGCUAUGAAACGAAACGCUAAAAAUUCUUUUGAAUUGGGUCAUUAUAGUGUAUUAAAACGUCAAAUUUGAUUUUUGGGCCUUCCUAACGAGAACUUUUGUUUCACCAGCAGGCUUUAGUCUAAGAUGGAAUUCACCUCUCGACGUAGUCAACUUUAAUGAAAUAUACCGGCUAACUAGGAAAUUUAGAAAACCUUAUUUCAAAAACUUAAGAACUUAUAAACCUGUCGUUCUUUGCAUAAUUUAGUGCGCCAUCAUUUUGUAUCGUGUAAAAUGUAAUUGAUCAGUGUUUUCUUACAGACAGACUACCUGAGACCUAUCAGAAUCACAUUCUAAAUACUCUCAUCGAAUGUAAGCACGGCUUCCGAAAUGUCCGUGCUGGAAAGGCUAAGGUCGGAGAUAUUGCCGAAAGCCGUGAGGGAAAAACACUUUGGUCAAAACGUCGUCAAAUUUUUGGAAUUUAAGAGUGAUGAAAAUUAUGCCGCCGCCGACCAAUUCGCGUCGAGUAUAUAUUUCGGUGACGUCAUUUCAGAAACGGAAUCUGGGGACCGCGUGACGCAGAGUGUUGUGGUAAAAGCUCAAGCAGGGGGCAAGCUCACGGAUGCAUGCGACUUGUUCUCGUUCAAUAUCCAGCUUCACAACGAGCUCUUGUUUUAUACAGAAAUCUUACCGCUUCUUUGUCAAUGUGAUCCCAGCGGCACAAUUUCAGGGAUUUUCCCGAGAUGUUUCUACGCACACAUCGUCGAUGGCGACCCGAUGCAAGACCUCCUAAUUUUUGAAAAUGUCCAAAAACUCGGUUACAAACUGUCACCGUGGAAGGCUUUCAACGACUACGCUCACAUAAAACUCUCUCUCGAGUGGCUAGGUAAGUUUCAUGCAACGUCCUUGGUUUGUAAAAAGAAAUUCUCGAAAAAAUUCAAGGAGAUCGUCUCAAAAAUAUCGGAGAGUCACUGGACAGAGAAAAAGUUGACUAAAAACGAUGCGUUUUGCAGAGAGAACUGCAAAAGGGGUAUUCUUCCCCUUCAAAAUAAUCCGAACUACAAAGACAGGCUGAAAGAUUUGUCGGCGCUGGUUGAGAGAACCAAUCUCUCCAUGGCGAAAAUAGUCGUUCCGUAUGAGCCCUUAUCGGUGAUUUGCCACGGCGAUUUUUGCAGGAACAAUAUUUUCUACAAGUACGACGCAAAUGGAGCCCCUUGUGCGGUGAUUUUUUUCGACAUGGCUACCCUCAGAUACUCGUCACCCGCGAUCGACCUCUCUUUCUACUUGUUCAUGAACUCCUCACCAGAGGUCAGGUCUGACCACUGGAUGGAAAUCCUGCAAACAUAUUAUACGUCUCUAACGUCUAAUUCAGAAUUAAAUCCGAGGGAAUCUCCCACUUUCGAAGAUUUCCAGCUUGACCUUCGAAGACGUGGUUUCUAUGGUUACGCUCACGCUAGCUUUUUCCUACCGAUGAUGCUACCGGGUGAAAAACCAGCGGACGAGGAUUGGAGUAAGAUGGACAUGGACUCAUUUAUCCAAAUGAGACUUCAAACUGGAGGUGAAGAGGCAACUCAAUACGUAACCAAGAUCGUCCAGUUCAUGAUUGAUCAAAAUUUUGAUUUUCACUUCAUAAAUGACUUGAAAAUAGAUGCAUUGAAGAAAUUUGAUGUAUAAUAUGUGAUUAUAAAUAAUUAAUAGUCUUCUUCUCCUGAAAAAUUCGACCGAGAACUAUUAAUUUCCUGAUGUUUUGUGAUUAUAUAGUAAUGUAAGAUUCAAAAAUAUGCUUGUUCUUAAAGUGAAUGUAAAUAUAAUAACGGUAAAACUGUA